AUGCACUUCUCCCGCCGUUCGAAACACGACUCCUCGGCCGUGGACAACACCACCACCACCGACAACAACUCGACCGACAUCACCACCAUCACCACCACUACCGGAGGCGCAGACCACACCGAAGAGGGCUACGAGAACGAGAAGAAGGUCGCGAAUUCUUCCCUCUCUCCUCUGCCUCUCGGCCCCGACGCUGCUGCCGCACCGACGGCAAUGUCGAACCACGCCGACCCCGGUUCCGGCUUCGGCCUGGGCAAGCUCGGCGACGAGGAAUACCACCUCCGCGAUGUGGACUCCCAGUCACGCGAGAACGACACCAUCCACGUCGGCGGGGUGCGCAGUGUAAACGUUGUUGGUGGCAUCGACGGCGACAAUGACAGCGUCCUCGAGGGAACCGCAGUAGAGUAUCGCACGUACAAGCGCCGCUGGUUCGGGCUCGCGCAGCUGACCUUGCUCAACAUUGUCGUCUCUUGGGAUUGGCUGACCUUCGCCCCCGUGGCCGCCAACGCUGCAACCUAUUACAAGGUCUCCGAGUCCGCCAUAAACUGGCUCUCAACAGCCUUUCUCUUCUCCUUUGUCGUAAUGUUCCCCGUCACGAUCCGCAUCCUCCACAUGGGGCCCAAACCCUCCUUCAUGACCGCCGCCGCCCUCAUCCUCGUCGGCAACUGGAUCCGCUACGCCGGCUCCUACGCCCGCAUCGCCAACGGGGGCAACUACGGCGUCGUCAUGUUCGGCCAGAUCCUCACCGGCCUCGCCCAGCCCUUUGUCCUCGCCGCGCCCACCCGCUACUCGGACCUCUGGUUCACCAACCGGGGCCGCGUCGCCGCCACGGCCCUCACGUCCCUCGCCAACCCGCUCGGCGCAGCCCUCGGCCAGCUCAUUGUCCCCUUCUGGAUCACCAAGCCCGCCGACAUGUCUAACGGCGUCCUCUACGUUGCCAUACUCUCCACCGUCGCCUCCCUGCCCGCCUUCUUCAUCCCCGCCGCGCCCCCUACCCCGGCCGCGCCCUCCUCCCGCACCCUCAAGCUCGGCAUCCGCGACUCGGUGUCAAUUGUCUUCCGCUCCCUCGAGCUCUGGCUCAUCCUCAUCCCCUACGCCUUCUACGUCGGUUUCUUCAACUCUUUAUCCUCCCUCUUGAACCAAGUGAUGGCCCCCUACGGCUUCUCCGACGAAGAAUCAGGCAUCGCGGGCGCCAUCCUCAUUGUCGUUGGCCUCGUCGCCUCCGCAAUCACAUCCCCGAUCCUCGACCGCACCAAAAAGUUUGUUCUCGCCAUCAAAGUCGCCAUCCCCGUCAUCGGCCUCUGCUACCUCGCCUUCGUCUGGAUGCCGGAAACCCGCGACAUUGCCGGGCCCUACGUCGUCCUCGCCGUCAUCGGCGCCGCCUCCUUCUCUCUCGUCCCCGUCGCCCUCGAGCUGCUCAUCGAGCUGAGUCAUCCCGUCAGCCCGGAAGUCACGAGCACGAUUGCCUGGGCGGGCGGGCAGCUGCUCGGUGCGCUCUUCAUCAUCAUCUCGGAUGCGCUGCAGGCGGAUGACAAGGCGAAUCCGCCAAAGAAUAUGAAGAACGCGCUGAUAUUCGAGGGGGUUAUUGCCUUGGUCGUUGUGCCGUUCCCGCUGUGCCUCGGUUUGUUUGGUCGGAGGGAUAGAAUCAGUCUCAGGCGUGUGAGAUCUGAUGGGCAGAACACACGGGAGACGGCGAAUCCAUAG